AUGUGUUCAAAUUUGUCAAAAAACACAAAGUAUUCUAAAUGGUUAGAAGAAGCUUUGAAAGAUGGCACUAUAGCUUUUUAUGAAUAUUCGGAAUUUAAAAACGUCAAAGAAAUUGGAAAAGGUGGAUUUGGUGUUAUUUGUUCAGCUGACUUUUAUACUACAAAGGUAGCAAUAAAGUGCCUUGGUACUAAUGAACCAACUAAAGAAUUUGUUAACGAG